AUGGUAGGCCAUACAGAUGCAUCUGAAACAUGCUCUUCUCCUCAACUCUCGUCUCGCUCCGCAGUGACACGAGGUGUGCGACGCAAGCCCCCAAAAGCGUCCACCGUUCUCCUCCCCUCCGCCGAGAAUGAUGACAAAGUGGCCCCCAAAAGAGCUCGGGAAGCACAGGCGUCCGCUCUGUUGGCUCAGUUCACCGUAUUUCCCACGUGGUGUUUGGCAAGGGGCCGGCCGACGGGCAACAACCCACCCCUGACGAUCACACCACACCUUGGACACCUUCGAACAGGGAUCUCUUCGAGCGAGCGAGCGAGCCGCUGGCUGCUGCUGAUGUGUACUGCGUACGCCCGGACCUCCCCCAAGCUCAGUUGGUCACACCUGGCCUGGCUGCUGCAAGCUUCUUGCUCAUCAGGCUUUCAGCAGAGACGGGGUGCGAAUUACAGAUAG